GCUUCUGUUCCUCUCGAAAUUAUCGUAGCAUUUUCAAUCGAUGAAGCCGCCUACUCUUCUAUCGGAUCCGAUCUUGAGGGUAUACUUCAAAAAAUAAAUAAAAAAAUGCCGGCAUGUUUACAAAAUAGAUUUGGGCUUUCCAUGCUUGGUUAUUGCGCAGCAGAUUCUACCAGCAACGGUGACCUGCAUUUGCAUAGUGAAGCAGCUGAACAAAAUAGCCAAGUCAGUUGCUUGCCUGGUAAUUUGGGUCAACACACUGAACAAAAUAUAUCAAAAGAUAGAAGGGAACACUGGACCUGCGGAUGCCAUAAGGUUAAUGGAUUGCAAGAACAAUUUAGAAGAUGUACAGAAAGCAAUCCAGUCCAACUCGUAUAUGGUUCUUAUAUCUGCUCCAGUAGAAAAUUGGGCUGGAUUCCUAAAUUACAUCACAUGCAUUGGGAUGGGCAAGUUGUUUCCCAUCUUGAUCGCCACGUAUAUAGUAAUCUAUGGAACUCCUAGAUUUGGUGGUCACCAUUUCUCCUUGGGUUCCCAACAUAUUGAGCAGCCUAGAACUUUUUCAAGGAAGCCUAAGUGGGUGGAAGACCUCGUCCAAAAGAAAUCCGUUCUUGACUUGGAUGCUGUUAUUCUUGCCAUCAAUUGUGCUUCUGCUGCCACCUCAUUCUUUGAAGAACAAGUGUUGCCUGACAGACCUGCACUCUGGUUUCAUGAUGUGUGCAUGUUUGUCACUUCGAUAUGGCAACUGUUGGCUGUGUUUGUUGCUUCAGUAUCCACAUUCAUAUAUAUAAUUCUACAGCUGCUCCACUUCUUUUUUAGUUAUGGAUCAGAGUCUUGUAUAUAUGCCAAAUUAGAAACUUUAUUCAUUCACACCUGGAGGAACAUCCGUGUUCGGUGUUGUCAAAUCUUGUACUGGCCAAUCUUCCUUCACAACAAUGAUUCCAGGUCUAAAUCAUGUGUGGAGUAUGCAGAGAAAGCUUCACUGUGCAAACAUUCCAUGUGGUUGAGUGUGGUUAUUGAUGUGAUUUUGGGGAACCUGCUUGGCCUUGCAUUGCUGAUUCAUGCAGAUUCUGCUUGUUUGUGGAUUUCAGCCAUCGCUAGUGAUGUUACAAACAACUGGUGGCUCAUAAGUUGUGCACGGUUAAUGGGAAACCCUGCUGGUUUCAAGUUGAACACUGAGCUCGCAGGACUUCUUGGCACUCUCUCCCUUAAUGCAAUUCAAAUUUGGUCUACAUUAUGGGGCUCUUUGCAUAUUUUAUUUAUUCUUUUCAUUAAAGGGCUGGCUAUAUCUGGGGUUCUUUUUGGCUUGACAAUCCCCGCGGCAUUGACAGUAGAUGUGAUUACUAUCUCAACAACUCAUAUUUCAACUCUGCAUUGGUCAAUAUCCCUCCUGUAUUCAAGACAGAUACAGGCAACAACAGCAUUGUGGCGUCUUUUCAGGGGUCAGAAAUGGAACCCUCUUCGACAGAGGUUAGAUAGCUACGAUUACACGGUGGAACAGCACGUUGUUGGCUCCCUCUUGUUUACUCCACUUCUGCUUCUGCUACCAACUACUUCAGCUUUCUAUAUGUCCUUCACUAUUAUGAAGAUGACCAUUGGCUUUAUAUGCAUGCUUAUUGAGUUUGCCAUAUCUGUAAUCCAUGCUACACCCUACACCAAAAUCUUCCUUUGGUUGCUGAGGCCAAGCAGAUUUCCAUGUGGGAUUUGGUUUGAGAUAUUUUCUAUUGAGAGCCAUGCUAUCGAGGUGGUACGAGAAAGAAAUAGUUUCACGGGAAGUCAAUCAGAUGUUCUGGUGUCAUCUCUCCAUAGUUAUUCUUAUAAUAUAGGAGAAUUGAUGCAACCGCACUUUAGAUACCUACAUUCUGCUGUUUCUAGAUCAUCGAUUACUUCAUCAGUCUAUGGAGUUUUCAGUGGAAGUUUGGCUUCUCCACUAUACAAUCUUCCAUUUGCUCCUGGUGCUGGACUGCCUCCAAAGAUGCCAUGGAUGUCCAUCCCAUUCAAGGAUUAUUGGAUCCUUUGUCAUGAUGCUGUUUUUGCAUGUAACCCAGUUUCACACACCCACUAAACUAAAUGAUGAUCAGGAGUUGUAUAUUUUUCUUGGGAUUUACCAUUAAUUAAGAGAUAGCUAGCUAUUUAUCCAUCACUGCUUUAGGUUUAACUUUGAGGAAUGAUAUCUGAUGUCCAGAUUAUGUAAUAUUGGCUAUGUUAAAUACUCCACCUACAGUUGUUACUUCUGCUUACAUGUAAUUCUGGUCAUAGAAUUACCAUUUAUUGUGUAAUACUGGCAUAUGUUAAAUACUAGACCUACAGCUGUUACUUCUGC